AACCGCACGAUGCCAUAAAACAUUAAUCAGUGUUCAGUCCCUGAUCCAGACCCAUGAAACAUUCAUCUUGGCUUUUUUUCCCCCCUCCGCACUCACAAGCACCCCUCACUCCCCCGCCCUUUCUUCUUUUGCAAUCCCAUGCAAAAGCCUAUAGCGCGCCGCGUUGCAGCCAAUCUCCAUCCACGUACACGGGCUACACGCACAUUGGGAUAUUUGCCUUUAGAAUUCAGACCGGGGACAGCGGGAUCUAUGCUUCAGCACCCGUGGAUUGCUUCGGUGUUUUUCCCCCUACCCUGCGUUCCUCCAAGGCGGCGUUACUCGUUGGAUUGCUGCAGUUGUGUAUUUUCUGUUUGUGAGUCCCUUCUUUUUGGGGGGACUAUUCCCCUUGUCUGAGCGGGGUCUUCUGUCUGGAUGUUAAUUGCAGUUGUUGUACCCCUCGGACUCCCCAAAUGACUGAGAGCAGCUUCCAAAGGAGACUUGGCUCUCCGGUCCGCUUCCAUAAGAAAACCUUUGGCUAAAGUUUUCAUGUAAAGGGUGGUCAGCGAUUAACGGUACCCUGGAUUUGCGAUUACUUCUGCUUUAAAUUGCGCCUUGCUACGGUAACAGACAACGAUCAGCUUGUCUACGCGAUCGGGGUGCCUUUUGCUGGAUUUAUUCAAAUAAACAUGAAGACUACUGUUGUCGAAGGAAGCAGGCUCCUCUUCCUGGUUCUUUGGCUGACCCUGGUGCCUCAGGCUGCCGGCUGCCCGGCCAUGUGCAUCUGCUACAGCGAGCCCCGGCCCACGGUGGCCUGCCAGCAGCAGGGACUGUUCUCCAUCCCCACGGAGAUCCCCACGCGGAGCCAGCGGAUAUUCCUCCAGAGCAACAAGCUGACGGUGGUGAGGUCCACCAGCUUCAGCUCCUGCCACAACCUCACCGUGCUCUGGCUCUACUCCAACAACAUCAGCCACAUCGAGGCCGGGGCCUUCUUCGGCCUGGAGAGGCUGGAGCAGCUGGACAUCGGGGACAACAACAACCUGCGGAUCAUAAGCCCCACCGCCUUCCGCGGGCUCUCCAAACUGCACACCCUGCACCUGCACAGGUGCGGGCUGUCCGAGCUCCCCGUGGGGGUGUUCCGGGGGCUCUUCUCCCUGCAGUACCUGUACCUCCAGGACAAUAACCUCCUCACCCUGCACGACGACACUUUCCUCGACCAGGCCAACCUGACCUAUCUCUUUCUCCACAACAACAAGAUCAAGAUGGUGUCGGACAACAUGCUCCGGGGCUUGGUCAACUUGGACCGCUUGCUGCUUCACCAGAACAGGGUGACCUUUGUCCAGCAGAGGGCGUUCCACGACCUGGGAAAGUUGACCACCCUGUUCCUCUUCUACAACAACCUGACCGUACUGACGGGGGAAACCAUGGACCCUCUGGUGUCCUUGCAGUACCUCCGUCUGAACGGGAACCAGUGGAUAUGCGACUGCAGGGCUAGAACUCUCUGGGAGUGGUUCAAACGCUUCAAAGGGUCCAGCUCGGAGCUGGAGUGCUAUGUUCCGGCCGGCCUGGCCGGAAAGGACUUGGUGAGGUUAAAGAGCACAGACCUGGAGGGGUGUAUCGAUCCUCCUCAGGUCCAGACCAGCAUCUUCAGCACCAAAACGCGUUCCGGAAAGUUCCAUUCCACCGAGAGCCCGCUGCACGGGGGUACUCCCAGGUGCUGCCUGCCGGACACUGACAAAUCCUCCAUCAUUUCCAGCAAGGGCCUCCCGGACGCCUCGUCUUACAACAGCAGGCAGAUCACCAACAACCCGCUGAAGGAGAAGGAGAACAUCUCCAAGACCAAGUUCCUCGAGGGGGACCCUUCCGCCAAGAAUGGCACCCACAACAAGCAGAGCCUGAACGACGGCCCCGUGGACACCUUCUCCAGCAACCUGGACCAGUCCUUGGGCAAGCUAAAGCCGGAACUGAUGGACGGCCUGGAGCCGUCCACAGCCCCGUCCCGGAAGAAAAAAAAGUGUUCCAAAAAAUGUCUCAAAAACAAGGGAUCUACCCCUCGGGCUCUGCGGCUUCUCCUUUGGUCCUUGUUCUGGGUAUUGUUGGCCAUCUGUUAGGACAGGAAAUCCUGAGAGGGAAUCUCUCGGAUUCUUUUGCCGACGACUAUGUCGGAGAACCCAUUGUAACCUCCACAAUUGCCCAGAUAUAGAAGGGAAGAGACCAUAAGAGGGUUGAUCCUAAGAGAAAGAAAGAAAGAAAGAAAGAAAGAAAGAAAAAAAACUUAAAGAAGAGGAAAAUUUAACAAAUGGAUGCCUUUAUAUAAAUACAUCAGAUCUAAUGUAUAUAAAAAAAUUGGUGCCCAAAUCAUUUGUUCUAUGUACUGUUACUGUGUCUAAGCUGCACUUCUGAGAGUUCCCCUUUCCCUACCCUCUCAAAGCUUAUGCUGCAAAGACAGUGACCAGAUAAUGAUCUGCUGAUGACAGUGAUGCUAGGGCGGGGCUGAUGACUGGGGAAUCAGAACGCCAAACGCACACACACGCUCAUCAAACCAAGAAUGUUUUGGGGUCCUUCUACCACAAAAAAAAAAACCCGAAGAUGUGGCGUAUUUUUUUUUUCCCCCUCAUUUUAUUUUUUAUUUUUUAUUUUUCAAAAAGUGAUGCAUUUGUUUGAUGCUGUUAUUUGUUUUUUAUGUUUAUAAGUAUUACAGUAAAGAAGGUGUUUAUCUCCCCCUCGAUUUGAGUUGUUUUCAUCACCAUGGUUACGGGUAGCAUUUGCUAAAGAAUGCUGUCUAUUCCUUCACUGAGAUUGCGGUUAAAUUAUAAAUAUGGAUUUUAUUUUACUUGUGUACAAGUAUAAAUAUAUUAUAAAUAAAGUCUUCUUUUCUUAGA